GCCUUUUGGCCGUCUCUCCCUCCCGCUCCCAUCCUUUGGCAGCUCUUUUCUGUUCAACAAUUUUAUCUUUUCAUCACUUCGUGUUUUCCAACCUGAUUCUAGGGUUUAUAUCUUCAUUCUCUGUUAUCCUGCAGAAACCCUAGGUACGAAUCUCAUACAUUUGUAUCUCUCUCUCCUUUGUGGAUGCUAUCUAUGCUUGUUACGCCAAUUACAGGGCUGAAAAUUAGUCUUUCAGAGUCCCAUCUACAGAGUUGUUCAUUUCUUUGUGGGUGAAGCUCGUUUUUGGUCUUUCUCCCCUUUCUACUCUGGUUUCACUUUCAAGAGGAUAUUAGAUUUGGGUCUGUUGUUAGUGCUAUAUACAUGGACCACGAGGUGCUUGAAUUUGACAUUGGCUUAGGAGGUAGCAGUGCUCCUGAGGCCGAUGACGAUCCCUCCGCCGGCUUAGACGUGGAUGAGGACAUGGCUGACAGUCCUGCUCUUCAUGUCACUACUCCGGCCGGUUCUAGGGUCAAUAAUGGUGGUAGUGGAAGUGGGGAGAUUUACCUCCCUGAAGGAGACCUGUUGGAUCUUGAGCCUUACGAGGGUAUGGAAUUCGAGUCAGAAGAGGCUGCUAAGGCUUUCUACAAUUCAUAUGCUCGUCGUGUGGGCUUUAGUACCCGGGUAAGUUCUUCCCGUCGUUCCCGGCGUGAUGGAGCUAUUAUACAGAGGCAAUUUGUCUGUGCCAAAGAGGGGUUUCGGAACCUGAAUGAGAAGAGGACUAAGGAUAGGGAGAUCAAGCGCCCCCGUACUAUUACUAGAGUCGGGUGCAAGGCUUCUUUGUCUGUCAAGAUGCAGGAUUCUGGGAAAUGGGUGGUUUCUGGGUUUGUGAGAGAGCAUAAUCAUGAACUCGUUCCACCUGAUCAGGUUCAUUGCCUUCGUUCCCAUAGGCAGAUUUCUGGUCCUGCUAAGACCCUCAUUGAUACCUUGCAGGCGGCUGGAAUGGGUCCUAGAAGGAUUAUGUCUGCGUUAAUAAAAGAAUACGGUGGGAUUAGCAAGGUUGGCUUUACAGAGGUUGACUGUAGGAAUUAUAUGAGGAAUAAUCGACAGAGGAGCUUAGAGGGAGACAUUCAGCUUCUUUUGGAUUAUUUGAGGCAAAUGCAUUCAGACAGCCCAAACUUUUUCUAUGCUGUGCAGGGUGAGGAUCAGUCUACCAGCAAUGUCUUCUGGGCUGAUGCGAAGGCCAGGACGAACUAUACUUACUUUGGUGACACUGUCACCUUUGACACAACUUAUAGGUCUAAUAGGUAUCGCCUCCCCUUUGCUCCCUUUACUGGGGUAAACCAUCAUGGACAGCCGGUUUUAUUUGGCUGUGCUUUCCUAAUAAAUGAGUCUGAGGCAUCAUUUGUCUGGCUAUUUUCUACGUGGCUAAUGGCAAUGUCUGGUCGCCCUCCAGUGUCAAUAACCACUGACCAUGAUCCGGUGAUAAGGUCAGCCAUCAUGCAAGUUUUUCCUGACACUCGCCACCGGUUCUGCAAAUGGCAUAUCUUCAAGAAAUGCCAAGAGAAGCUGUCCCAUGUUUUUCUCAAGCAUCCAACUUUUGAAGCAGAUUUCCAUAAAUGUGUUAACUUGCCUGAAUCCAUUGAGGAAUUUGAAUCUUGUUGGUUGUCCCUUUUAGAUAGAUAUGAACUGAGAGAUCAUGAAUGGCUUCAGAUGAUAUACAAUGAUCGCAGGCAGUGGGUCCCUGUAUAUCUGCGGGACACUUUUUUUGCAGAAAUGUCCAUAACUCAGCGAAGUGAUAGCAUGAAUUCAUACUUUGAUGGGUAUGUGAAUGCUUCAACCAAUUUGACUCAGUUCUUUAAGCUUUAUGAGAAAGCUCUAGAAAGUCGAAACGAGAAAGAAGUAAAAGCAGAUUAUGACACAAUGAACACUUUUCCUGUUCUAAAGACCCCAUCUCCAAUGGAGAAACAGGCGUCAGAGUUCUACACAAGAAAAUUGUUUGUUAGAUUUCAAGAGGAGCUGGUUGGGACUCUAACAUUCAUGGCGUCUAAGGCUGAUGAUGAUGGGGACAUCAUCACGUAUCAGGUAGCAAAGUUUGGGGAGGAUCAUAAAGCAUACUAUGUUAGAUUCAAUGUUUUGGAAAUGAAAGCAACUUGUAGUUGCCGAAUGUUUGAAUUCUCAGGACUUCUUUGUAGACAUGUUCUGGCAGUCUUUAGAGUGACCAAUGUCCUUACUCUCCCAUCUCAUUAUGUUUUGAAACGUUGGACACGAAAUGCCAAGAGUAAUGUUAUAUUAGAAGAACAUGUGGCUGAUGUAUAUACUAAUUAUCUAGAAUCUCAUACAGUCCGCUACAAUACCCUUCGUCAUGAGGCCUUCAAGUUUGUUGAAGAGGGAGCAAAGUCUCUAGAAACUUAUAAUGUGGCAGUAACUGCUUUGCAAGAGUCUGCUAAAAGAGUUUCUCAUUCCACAAAGAAUGAGGGUCGAAUUAACAUGCUGAAUGGGCGUAUUAGGGGAGACUCAUUAUGUGAUGGAAAUCAAGUCAAUAAUACAAGCGGAGAUAAUAAAAAAUUCAGUAGCCAGGCUUUGUCUGAGGAUGAUAUGGACAAGCGAAUUCAAGAACUUACCAAUGAGCUGGAGUAUGCAAAACGAAAAUGUGAAGUUUACCGUUCUAACUUGCUGUCGGUUCUAAAAGAUAUUGAGGACCACAAGCUACAGUUGUCAAUCAAAGUUCAAAACAUAAAGAUCAAUAUGAAGGAUGGCCUUUGAGGUGCAACACAAUUCUCCCAUGCAGUUUCAUUCCCUUCUAUUCUUCUUCAUAUUCUCAUUAUCUUGUAUUUCAAGUCUUUCAUGAACCCUACUUACCGGGCUAAGCUGAUCACUCAGCUUUGGAUGUUGCAUAGAAAUUAAGAAAGGCUUCAUUCUGUAUCGUCCUGUACAGAGUAUGUGUAUUUUAGGUGAAUAUUUUUCAAAUUGAGAAUAGUUUCUUUUUGGAGAAAUAUAGGGUGACCGGUGGCCCGUGUCAAUAAUGUUGUCUGAGGAAAAAUUUAUAGUGACCAUCUAGCUAGUAGAUCAUAAGCAUAGAGUUUGCAAAUAUUUGUGGUUAAAAAGUUUGGAUCUUUAUUGAUUUGGCUUAUUGAACGAAUGACUGAAUGACAAUCUUACAUG